UUCAAAAAUUUUGUUCACAUACGAGUCAAUUUGAUACAAUUAUUUUCAAAAGAGACCAUUUGGUCAAAUUAAUUCAUUACCGUUUCUUAUCCAAACAACCCAUAUAUGGCAAGUUUUAUUUAGCAUUCAUUAAUAUAUGUUUGUUUAAAGAUAGUUGGAAAACUAAUUCUAGGCAAGUCUUAGGUAAAAUAUUUUCAUUGGGCAUUCAUCAAUGUAUAAAGGUGUGAUUUAGAAUUAAGAUUGUCUGAAUCUAGAAGAGUACAUAUCAGCCACUAAUGACAAAUGAGUGCGAGAGGUCAGUGGUCUUCUUCUGGAAUAAUUGACAGGAGAAAUGGUCAAAUUUCGGCCGAACCAAUAAAGUCUAGGCUGGGCCAACAACCAAAGUGGCCCACUUAAGGUUAGACCCGGAGGACACAAAUUGCUUAGCGGGCCUGAACUGAUCCUAGAACUCCAUAGACAAGGAGAUCAAUGUGCUGCAACAAAAUAGACAAAUCUAUUAAUGAAUAAUGGAUUGUGCUCAAGAACAAAUUAAGGUAACAAUUCUCACUAAUUUCCAUCUUCCAUUAAUAUAUGGUAGAGUUUUGUAUACUUUUCUCCAUUUCAAAUUUCCUGCAACGAGAGUGAAAGUAGGAAGGUCAUUUUUGUCUUUACACAUUUAUUAUUAUUUCAUACAAAAAUAGCAAUAUCAAGGUUUGAACCCGGGUCUCUUCAAACAAAGAUAACAAUCACAACCAGUUACACUAAACAAAUUUAUUGCAUUCUUUUUGAUAAAAAAAAAUAGACAAAGUUAAUCUCUGAAAAUCAGAGGACUUUUUAUCAUAAUUAGCAAGCUCACUAAGUCUACCGUAUUUAUUUUUAUCGAGCUUGACACUUCUAUUUUCAUAGUAGAGUUUCAUGUAAUUUUCUCAAUUUUAAAUUCUUGCUCUCUCCUUAAUUUUUGCUAAAGGUAAAUGGGUAAUUGGCCAACAUGGAAGAAACUAAUUAUGUAACUACUGUUGUAUCCUUGCAUUUUUCAAUUUAAAUUUAAAUUUUGUGUUUUUUUUAUCUUUGUUCUUUUCUCUUUAUAACUUCCUCCGUAAUUUCAUCCAUCGUGCAAUAGUUUGCGCCUUUCACUUCCCAAUACAAGACUGUCAUUGAAAAUCAAUCUUCAGGUAUCUCUUGGCACUACGGUUUUAUUGUUGGGGAUUUUAAGCUGGGCGAGUAGAAGAUUUCAACUCCGAUAUCAAUUCAUGGCGAAUAGAAUGGAGUUCAUCAAUAACUGAAGUUGUAGAAGGAAGAUUAGAAAUUGAAUUUUUGGUUGAAUAUAUGCCUCUUGAGAUAGAAAUUUGGUUGUACAACGGAGAGUGGUGGCUAUUGGAUCUUUAUGUUUAUGGUUUUUGCAACUGUCAUAACCUAUUUCUAUCUUAAAACGAGGAAUCAUUGAUUGAUUGUUUGAAAUAGGUCGCUUCUUUAUUCAACCUACUGGAACUAAUAGAUAAGGAGUGUCUAAUUUUGCGCCUUAUUACUUUGAUCGAGUCUAUUCGUAUAUUGGAGAUAACCCUGAUUUUUUCGUUUGCUCUCAAGUUGUGAUGGUCCCCUCUUAGCUGAGUUUUUACUAUAUAGAUGACUUGAAUCAACAAUUCUCCAUUUCUUUUUGAUUAGUGACAUAUUGUUUCUAAAAUGAGAGCAUUGAACCCUUUAUAUAGGAUUGUGAGGUUUAAGAUUUAGUUUCAAACUAUCUAUGGGUUGUGUGAGAAUUUCAGUGAGCUUUUAUACUCUAUAUUUCUUGACUGUAAAAGAAAACUAACCAAUAGCAUUUUAACAGGGACUUAAUUAGCAUUAUGAAAAUGGGGUCAAUGAUACAUUUUUAUAUUUUAUAUUCUUAAAUGAUUAUGAUAUUUCUCCGAAUCUUCGACCUAUAUAUUAUUUCUUUAUGUAUCAUCUCGAUCGAAUGAUUAUCAAUAAGAUUAAACGGGUUAAUAGACUUAAAAGUAACAUAAAAAUACAAAUAAUCAAAUAUGAGCAUUCCGGCCAAAGGGCCGGGUUAUAAGUUAGUUGUUAUAAUAAGCGAACUGGAUUAACGGUUGGGCCGCUAGAAUCGUCAAAUCAGUUAUGAUAGCGGUCCGGUUCAUUGUUUGGACGGUUAUUGAUGGACCAAACAAUUUUUCACGGUUCAACAUAAAACAAAAUGAACCACCGCGGUUUAACUAGUUCACUAAUUAACUAUUGAGUUAAUAGCAUUUUGUACCCUUCUACUAUGCUAAAUUAACAAGCGUACCCCUCUACUAAAUUUUUGCACAAAAGUUUUUAAAAAUAUUUUAAGGUAAACUAAAACCAUCAAGCCAUGAUUAUUUAUUUUAUAUACGUCUUCUCAUUUUUCAACCUUGUUGUCGUUUUUACGUGAUUCACUACCAACUGGUACUAUAAUUUUUAAAUUGAGUUAAAAAACUUAUGAUUUCUUUUUGCGAGAUGGUUUCAGUGAUUUAUUAGAUAUUUUAGUGAUGAUAUGAAUUUAAAAUUAUUUAUGAUCAAUGAUAACUUCAUUGUUAAAUUAGUGUAAUAUACAAGUCUUGUAUGUUAUAUAUCAUGAACGGUUCUAUUAACGGUUUACCAACGAUGCACCUGCCUUUGUACACCAGACAUAUAUAUAUAUAUAUAUAUAUAUAUAUGUGGUGACUUCUAUCGUACACCAGCCAUAUAUUGGGGUAUGUUGUACACCAACAAUCUCCACCGUCCACGUUCAUCUCAACAACCAGCAUUAAUGUGGAUUUUUUUGGAAUUCAAAAAUAAAUUACCUCAUGCUGACGGUUGAGAUGUUUAUAUAGUUUACGAAUAAAAUUCAUUAAAGAUCAAAUCUACAAAUAUUAUUGUAUUUUAUUUUGUAUAAUAAGGGAUGGACUAGAGACAAACCUGUUCCAUCCCCGGGGACGCUAAACCCUAGCUUCAUUUCCACGCAUCGGAUUCACCACUUCCACCUGUUCCUGUCCUCCAUCGAAGCAGAUUCCCUCUGGACAACUGGAACAAAAGCUGGAGCCCCCAACAAUGGCAUAUUAGAAGAGAUUCCAUCUAGUCCGUUACCAUUUUUGAUGCAGUCCAACGAGCUAAUAGACUAAAGAAGAAACUCCAUCAACGUACAAUAUCAAUAUGGAGAGCAACAGAACAAUAUCUUGGAAUAAUGACUCCAUCUUGCAGUAUGGACAUUCCCUCCAUACUGCAAAAUCAGGCAUUCAUUCUUUUUUACUUCUGAUUCUCUCUUUCCCACCCAUCUUAUCAGAAACAAAGCAAUGGAAUCAAAUAAUUGAACCCAUACUGCAGUACUACUUCCACACUUCCCCGCUAUAUAAAUUAGGGCCACAGGUAGCUCUGGUUUUUGCAGCAAACCAAACCAUUUCUUAUAGCCUUGGAUCAUACAGCACCCACAAGAAACCUGUUACCAUGGCUUCAAUGAAAUGCUACCGCCCUGCUGACCAAGAUGCCUGCCACGCUAACCAUCAUCAGUCGCUGCAGCACCACAAUUUCGGCCACCACGAGCCCCAGUACCACUCUGAUGGUGGCCACCAGGUCUCUGGCAACUGCAACAGCCAGCUGAAGCAUUCCCAGAGCCAAAAUGGCCAUGGCCAUGGCAUGGUCACGAGCCAUCACCAGCAGAAACAAUCCAGCUCCAACUUUUCAGCUUCCCAUGGCCACGACCAUGCUUGGGGCGCCACUGGCUUCAUGGGCCACCAUGACACCUCUGCUGGCCAUCAGAAGCAUGGUAUUCAUGCUUCAGCUGGCCAAUUUUCUCAUGCCUCGAGCCAGGGAAACCAUGCCCAUGCCGGCUUCAAUGGUGGCCAUCACAAGGCUGAUAACUGUGGCCAUGCUCAGGCCGGCUUCAAGAGUGGCCAUGAAACCUCUGGCCAUCACAAGGCUGAUCACUCUGGCCAUGCUCAGGCUGGCUUCAGGAGCGGCCACGAGACCGCAGGCUGGGGCCAUGCUCAGUCUGGCUUCAAGAGCGGCCAUGAGACCGCAGGCCAUCAUAAUGCUGAUAGCUGGGGUCAUGCUCAGGCUGGCUUCAAGAGCGGCCACGAGACUGCAGGCCAUCAAAAGGCUGAUAGCUGUGGCCAUGCUCAGGCUGGCUUCAAGAAUGCUGCUGGUACUACUCACGGCCAUGCCGAACAGCACGGCUCUCAUGGAAUGGUUGCUGCAACUGAGCAUUACAAGGGGGAGAAGAAGUGCUCAUCAAGUGAGACUAAGAUGAAAACCAAGAGCGGUGACAAGGUCAAGAAGAAUAAGAAGGACAAGAAGGACAAGAAGAACAAGAAGUGUGGGAAAGACAGCGGCAGCAGCAGCAGCAGCGACAGUGAUUAAUAAUCUAAAUCAGCUGAAUGCAUGGGGACUACUCUAUUAAGCAUCUAAGUAUGCAAAGUUAAGAAGAUGUUGCUUUUAUUAAAUAAAGGAACAAAAGUGGUGGAUUGCUAGCACUAGCAGCUUAAUUUCACCAUUGGAAUAAAGAUGUUCAACUGUG